GAAGCGGCUGGGCAGGAGAGCGCUGCUGUACAAUGACCGCAGCCUCCGGACGGGAGCAUCCCGAAGCCGAGUGUCCGCAGCUGGAAGCGUCCGCGUCCUUCUCCGCACCCCACGAGAAACUGUCAGUCGGAAACGGUUCGUCUGGAAGACAGAGCCAGACGUGGACCGGCAGCCCGACCCUAGAGGGAAGCGUCACCGAGCCGCUGGUUCCCCCCGCCACGGCCGCCGCCGCGUACAUCAUGACAUCGGGAGAAUUCCUGCAGAGCGCCCCGCUGUUCGCUCGCAGGUCCAGGCGGAACCUCCUCUACAAGGUCCUCUGCUUCCUCAUCCUCGUGUUCCAGGGCGGCGUUCUGGAUUUCUACCUGAUCGUGUUCACCGACCUCUACUGGUCUUCGUGGGUGGCCACAGACUUGGUGGUCAUCACGGGCUGGGGGAUUUUCUUCGUGAAGAACGCCAGGAGCAAACGGGAGCGUGCCUGUGGCUUUCACCAGAAGACCUCCAUCUUCGGCUGCAACCUAGGAGAGUUCACCUUUGCCUACCUGGCCUGGCUCAUCUAUGUCAUUGCCUGCACGCCGAAGGUGGUGCUCAUCCUUGAGACGUCCAUACUAGACCUAAUUCAGCUGAAGGUGUUGUUGGGCAUCACUGGGCUCAAGAUAAUCAUGAUGCUGUCUGUGCCUCUACUUUACUGCCUCAUAAAUUCAAUCAUUGAAGACUUGAAUGGAGCUAGCCGGUACUACUCCCAAAGCUGUUUUAUGAAUACCUUCUUGGACCUGCUGGACAGCUUCACCCUGGUGGAGAUGCUGCUGAUGAAGGAGAUUCCCACCAGUUACCUGAAGUAUACCGUGCUCUCCGUACACUUUGUGGCCCUGGCUGUCCCUGUUCUUUGGCUUUAUGAGUUGACAUCUUCUCAAAUGAAUUGUCGUUGGAUCUGGGCCAGGUUCCUCUCAGGCUUGCUGGUCAAUGUGCCGUUGCUUGUGGUCAGAUGUCUGCUCAUUUAUGUUUAUAGGAUGCCUGUUUCAGUGUUCAUGUUUAAGAACAUGUUCUUCCUGGGUUGCAAGUGCCUGGAGAUGGUAGAGCAAUGCGUGGCAUUGAAGGGGGUCAGGAGGUUAGCUAGUGACCACCCUACACAGGUGUCCCAUUGUGUCUCUGAGAAUGACAUGUGUCCUCAUGGCUAUGUCAACACCUUGGCAGUCAACACUCAGUCCUAAACAUCUCUUAGGAAUUGAAUCUUGUGGGACCAAAUGCUAUUUGAUAUAGUAUGAUUUCUCUCUGAAAUGAAAUUCCAGCAGGUGCUAAAACAUAACACCACAGUAUAUCAUAAAUCAGUACAUCACCCUUUUUACCAACAAGGUUGCAAUGCAAGGGUCAUUUUUGUGGGGGUGCAAUAAUUUAUGUGGUAUGUGUUAUUUCGUGACUUGCAUUCUUGCAUUGCAUGUGUAUAGUGUCGCGCACUUUAACG